GUUACGACUACACCCCAAUACUCCCAACCUUCCUCUUUGAUCUAGGAGAGAGUCCACUCUGCAUCCUAGUGUUGGUUAUCUAUUACGAAUUUACGGCGAGCAUUCCGCCGCCACUUAUCUCACGCGUUUUCCACUCGCGGCCCUUCUUAGAACUUGAAGACCGACACAGAACUCACGCCUUACUCUUCUCUCUUUUGGCAACCAUUUCCACAAUGACAGCUGCUGCAGUUACGGGAGGCGACCCGGCAAAGAGAUUGAAUGAAGUGGGUCGUGGGAAAGCUGUCGGUGACAGGGUACGCAGUCAUGGGCGGCCUGUCACCGAGGACGUCUCGGUCGAAGAGGCACACAAGAAGCUCCUCCAAGCAUGGAUUAACGACACCAAGUCCGGCGAUGAGUAUAAACGAAUGUUUGAGAAGCGACUCAAGAAGAACGAUGAUGGGCAGAAUAUUAUCCACCGCGCCAUCAUGAAGUUCAAAAAGGAACCGAACGUCGUCUCCCAUUCCGUCCUCCACGAGAUUGAGUCAUUGGUUGUGGAGCAUCCUGAAUUCUUCAUUGCAGAUGACGAAUACGAAAGACGACCGAUGAUUGAGGCUGCCAAACAUCACAUCGUCAUGUUGUUUCGGGUAAUCGACCUGCUCAUCCCGAAAAAUCUGCUCGCUGAGAUCGACAAGGUGUGCAAGGGAGACAAGGUGAAAUGCCCACUCCACAAGGUUUCCAACUUACGCCGGGACCAAUGUCGCCGAAUCGUGGGUUCGGAGUAUGAUCCGAAGGUUGAUUUACCUGCGGACCAAGACCAGUGCCUCCACAACCAGAUUGACGUACAAAAGCUUGUCGAUAAAGACAAACAGCUCAGGGAACAUCUCGAGUUCGUUUUGAAGUCCGAGAACGCGCGACUUUGUCUCGAGUCGCUGCUGAACCAAAACAAAUUCGACCCGGGACAAAAUACCAGAGACCUAGUUCUACCUGUCACGGGCUUUAAGGCUCUUCUUGAACUUUGUCCGGAUGAACUGUUCAGCCGACAACCCAAAGGCGCCAAAGAAUCCACCCCAUUGCAGAGAGCGGUCAAGUUAUACGAAGCCCAGAACAUUGAUUAUGAUCUGCUACUCUCAAUAAUCCGGGCCCUAAUCGACAGGCACCCGGAGUCUAUUUUCAUCAAGGAUUCGAGUGAUAGAAAUGCGUAUCGACUACUGAAAGAGACGCCACGGAUGAAGGCUGCCCAGAACAUCAGCUCUCGAGCUCAAGCCGAGGACUUGUUGAAGAGAAAAUGUAUCAGCUUUCCGGCGAACAGUUCAACCCAGCCUUUGUCCUGGAGAGAUGAAGAGAAAAUGUGGUUGAAAAAGUCGGACUUCCUCUACUGGGAUGCGGAAACAGAGCACCAAUUCUAUCUGAAUCUCACUGGUGAAUCCGAAACACUCAACAGAUCGUACAUCGAAACCAUACAGGAUGAAUCCGGCAUUCGCUUUGAGACAGUUUUGGCCUUCGUCAAGCUGCCGUACUGGAAAGCCCAGGAAGAGACAAGGACGGCGGACGAGGUGACAGCACCGGGGGCUGGUCAAAACCUCAGCCCUAACUUGCCAAGCAGAGAUGAGGGUCACAAGGCGCAAGACCAUGAGGCCAACCCUUACCCAGCUAUCUUUGAUUGGCUCUGGGCCAAAGGAGUACGCAAGAUUUUCACCCUCGAUGUCGAUGACGAUGGGCCGGAGCCUCAUACCAACGCUGCCAUCCGAAAAGCAUUGAUCGGUGAGGACUCAGGAAGCAAGACUGCACGCGACUUCCGCGUUGAGGUGUGGAAGUGGAAGAAGUUCGACAUUUGCGCCGAGACGGUGGCAAUUUCCGCCUCUCGAGCCAAAGAGAUUCAUCUGUAUUCCCAUGGGAAUAUUGCGGUCUUAAGGGGAUGGGCAACAAGUGUAGGGCUUGCUCAACUAAACAAGAACUUGGAUGAUGAAAUGGAUUGCAAGGAAUAUGAAAAAGAGUUUAAAAAAACACUCUUAGAGAAUAUCCCACGAUUGCAACUAGGAAGCAUCAAGAUCACGAACCAUGGCUUCCGACGAAGCAACGAAUCUGACGCAGAUCGCAACCGACGUAAUAACGGCAUAGAGACAACAAGGUCCCACAGUCUGGAGAAGACGCUUGACACGAACCAGUGGAUCGGCCAAUUGAAGAAUUUUAAGAGCUUCGUGUGGAACCUCCCAAUUGACGACACCAAGAAACCCCGCAUCAAAGUCGCCCUCCUGGACGAUGGUGCUAAGUUGACGGCACUGCACGGCAAACAACAAGGUCGAUCAUUUCACAAGGACAAGGAAGAAUUCUUCGUCGGGCCAUGUGAGCAUGGUACUGCCAUGGCGCGCUGUAUCAGAGAGGUCUGCCCCAGGGCCGAACUCUACAUUGCUCGCCUCGACGACUCGAGAAAGGUCGAGAAUCAGAGGUUUACCAUCGAAUCUUGCUGCCAGGCACUUCAAUGGGCCUUAGACAUGAAAGUCGACAUCAUUUCCAUUAGUUGGACAUUCACCAAGAAGGGAAACGCCAACGAUUCCUACGAGAAGAAGUUCGAAGACCUUGUGAAGAAGGCUGCCCUGGAGAAGAAUAUCAUUAUUUUCGGGUCCCUCCCAGACCAAGCCAACGUAAAAACUCAGGCCUUCGCCCCAGUCGGCCUCGACGAAGUCAUCAAAAUCGGCGCAGCCACCAUCUAUGGCGAGGGUUCCCGCCAGAAUUUAUACGCCGGGCCCGACUUUCUUCUCCCGGGGGAAAACCUCCCAAGUUCCACCGGCGGGCUGGUCAGUGGCAGCUCGUAUGCCACGGCAUACGCCUCAGGGUUGGCAGCCAUUGUCUUGUACUGCAUCAAAGCGUUUGAAGCCAUCGGGGAGUAUGAUGAAGACGAGGAUAUAUUGAAAGCUUGGAGUUUGGCUAAGAAACGGGACGGUAUGAAGGCUAUCUUCAAAACACUCAGUGGAAAAUCUCCCGAGUACCAUUCGGAUAGCGGUCUUUUCGUCAGGCCGUACCACAUAUUCGGGCAAGAGUUUGAAAAGUCCCCAUCAUCCAUUCUAAGAAGCAUUAUCCAAAAGACGGUCCUAAGGACUUAUGUUCCUUAGGUUCUCUAGAGGUUAAUGUUAUGUGUUAGGCUAAGGUAACUACAUCUAGA